AUGGAUGAGGAUAAAACGACCCCAAUAGUAAGCAAAGAAUUACAAGCUGUUUUAUUUUCUACUGAAUACAAUUCAAACAGUGACGAAGAUAAUACCAACGCUAACAAAAAAAUAUCAAUUCGUGAUCCCAAUUCAUCCAUCAAUAUUUUGGAUGUGGAUCCUCAAUCCAUAGAUAAAUGGGUUCCCUUGUUAAGAAAACAUAUCGACAAAAAUGAGAUGAAAGAUGUGAUUUUGGAACUCCGUAAGUCCAUUAAAGAUAAUUUUCAAGAUAUGGAUUUACACCUUUUGCAAAACUCCGCAAUGAACGAACAAUUAAUGAAUUCCAUCCACAAUUUGGCCUUAAUCCAAAAUAAUUUACAAAAUGCACAAUAUGAGGCAAAAUUGCUGGCACUACAAGAUGAAUUAACCACCACUACCAAUAAAGUAGUUUUACAAAAGAAAAAUUUUAUUUCCAACAAGAAAAAUAAUACCAAAAUCAAUGAAUGCUUGGUUUUAAUUACCAAGUGUUUACAAAUUUUAGAAUUAUCUAACAACUGUCAUCAAUUGAUUUCAAGUCAACAAUUCUACAGAGCUUUGCAAAGUUUAGAUACUUUAGAUAGCAUCUAUACACAAGAUUUUAAAAAAGAAUUUAAUUUCCAAUUUUUAAAACAAAUACAUGCAUCAAUUCCCCUAUUCAAAGAAAUUAUUAAAAAUGAAAGUAUUAAUCUAAUCAAGAAAUUUUUUAAUUCUAACCUAGAUAAAAAUUUGCAUAAUGUGGGGAAAAACUUAUACGCUAUCUACGGGGAAGAACUCUUACCUGACUGGAUAGAAUUACGUGGGAAAUUAAAACUUCCUGUGAGUUUAAAAUUUAACUCGCCUGUGGAAAUAUCAUUGAGAGACAACGAAAAGGUGAAAGCCAUUUCUCCAAUUAACUGGUUUAACAUCGAAUCAUUUCAUGAUGCAAUUUUAAUUUUCACUACAUUAAAUGAGAUGGAAUACUUAUCCCAAGAAUUUGAAAAAGUUUAUAUUUUUUGGAAAAACAAAUUGGUUUAUCCGCUGGAUCUAAAACAUUCAGCCUCUAGCAAUAGUGGUAACAAGGGACAGCAAUCGACACUGGUGAACAAUGCGUUUACCACAUUGGAUGACAUUCAGAAUUAUUUUUGGAAAAUAUUGGGUCUUUUAGUUUUUGACAGGUUUUUGCAAAAGGAAACUGAUUAUAUAUUAACUGCCAAUGCUUUUAGCAGUACAGAUGAUUUUUGGGCAUCUUUCAUUAAACUUUACAAUCCAAUUUUGGUUGAUUUUAUAAAAAAGAAGUUAAAGGACGAGGAAUCUGUUAUUAAAUUUAAAGAUUUUUUAGGUCUUGUUUUAAGUAUCUGUGAUUAUUUAAAACUAAACAUUAAACAAUUGUAUGAAACCUACAUUUUUUUAUACAAGAUUUUUUGCAAAUUACAAAUUACUAUGUUUGACCAAGAAUUUACUUCGCUUUUAAAUGAUGAUGAUUUUAUGCCAUUGACAGUAAAGGACAAACCUUUAUAUUCCAAGAUUUUGAAAAUCUGCUGGCUGAAAGAAGGCGACGAGGAAACUUUGGCUACUAACAUUAAUAUAAAUAAUGACGAUUUUCUGGUCACUCUACCAUUUUCACCAUUAUACCCAAUGACUUGUACUCUAUUGAGGAAAAUUAAUGCCAAAUUGGAAAAUUUCAUCCAAAAUUUUUAUCAGUAUGAAACUAAUAGGAUUAUCAACAUUUUUAUUUCUGCAAUAGACAAUAUUUUCAAUAAGCAUAUUAAUCUGAAAUUUCAACAAAAAUUAAAUUCCACUUCUAGGGAAGAGUUGGCUCAAAUUCUAAUCAAUUUAGACUAUUUUUUGGUUGCUACCGAAAACUUUAGCAAAAAUUUAUCCAAAACGUUUGAUGCGGAGAUUCAAUUGACCGCAGAACAUAAAGUUAAGAAGACUAAAGCGUUAGCAGAAACGAAAUUAACGGAAUUGAUCGACUCAAAAGUGGCUGAUUUAAUGGAGAUUAUCGAAUUGGAUUGGCAUGUUACAACUGUUCGUACGGAACCUGAUUUGAUUAUAAGGGAUAUUGCACAAUAUUUGGAAAUGAUGUUUACUUCCACUUUGGUUAAUUUGCCGUAUGACAUUAAGACGUUAUUGAUUUUCCGUGAAUUUGAUACAUUGACUAAUAGAUUUUUAAGUUUGUUAAUUAAUGGUACACCUUCUACAAUCACACCACAAAGUGUCUUGAAUUUUCAAACAGAUAUGAAAUUUUUGGAAAAUGUCAUUCCCAACAUUUUCCCACAGCAACAAGAUGAAUUACUUGCACCUGCAGCAUCAUCACCUUCACCAAGCUUAAGCUGUGCUUUAUCGAGAACAACUUCCAUGAUGAGCAUGACUAUUGCUGAUUCCAGUGCUAUGAUAGAAAGUAAUGUGCGUUCAUUGAAAUCAACAUUUGAUGAAUUGAAUCAGCAUAUUAAUUUGUUAAAAUCGGGUUCUUUGGAUCAAUAUAAAUCAUCAAGGAUGAAAUUAUAUCCAAGGGUGAAACCAGAUGUUGCCAAUAUGUUGAUUAAUAAAUUGAGUACUUACCAAGAGAUGAUUAGACAGCAACAAAAACAAAAAGAGAUGCAAAGACAGCAGCAAUUAUCGAAUAGAAAUAAUAACAACGGUAAUGGUAGCAUUUCGGCAGCCACAAUUGUUAGCAAUACAGGUAAUAACAAUAAUGAUGCUAGUGUAGAAGACACUUUAUCUAUUCUGACUUCUGCCAAUCGACAGAAAAUAAGCAAUUUCUUUAAUAGAAAGUUUUGA